CGUAAUCCAAGAACUGCAUUGAUUACUGUUAUUGAAAAACAGACUAUAACUGAACUCUCCGGUUUGUGAAACCUCAAAAGGCGAAACACGAAAAUGGCCUCCAACUUGGAAGAAACACUCGGGAAACUUCUUGUUCCAGACAACAACACGAUUCAGCUGGCAACACAGCAGCUGAAGGAGUUAUUUAAGGACCCUAACAUUGUCCCUGGUCUCUGCCAGGUCCUCGGAUCAUCUCAAGUGCCUCAAGUUCGUCAAUUUGCAGCAGUUCUUCUGAGAAGAAAAAUCCAGAAAGGGAGACAUUAUCGUGCUCUUCCAGAAAAUAUCAUUAACAAUAUCAGGGAUAACAUCUUACAGAUCCUUGUACAAGAACCAGAGAAGAGUGUGAGGAACUCCAUUGCCCAGGUGGUUGCUGUGGUGGCCAAACAUGACCUUCCAAACAACAGCUGGCCACAGCUGCUGCAGUUUCUGGGAACCUCGUGUAAGAGUCAAACAGUUGUGGAGAGAGAGACUGGUGCAUUUGUACUUCACUCUGUGGCAUCUGGGGCGGGAGAACAGCUGAAGCCUCAUCUUGCAAGUCUGCUGCAGAUGCUGGCUGUAGUAGUCAAUGAUACAGAGAGUGUUCUUGUUCCAUACUACUCAGUAAGAACAAUCACAGAACUUAUCUUCUUUAUUGGCGAAGAUGAGAAGAAAUAUGUUCAAGGUAUGAUUCCAAGAAUUUUGGAGUUUGCAAAAAUUCUUAUACCACAAGAUGAGGAGAAAGCGUGUGAAGUGUUAGAGGUAUUUGACGAGAUGUUGGAGUGUGAAGUGAACAUCAUAGUGCCUCACAUGAAAACCGUGGUUGAUUUCUCUCUAGAGGUUGCCGGAACAUCUGCCCUGGGCGACAGUGUACGAGUCAAGGCUAUGUCUUUCAUAGCAUCAUUUGUCAAGCUCAAGAAGAAGGCUUUCCUGAAACAGAAGCUAGUAGACCCUGUGUUAAAUGUCGUUUUCCCUGUGAUGUGUGCUGGAACAGAGGAUGAUGAAGAAGAUGAUGAUGAAGUUGUAGAUGAAGUAGAGGCACAGAAGCCAUCUGUUUAUGGCCCCCAGGUGAUCGAUACAAUGGCUCUCCAUCUUCCUCCUGACAAAUUCAUUCCUAACCUGAUGAAGAUCGUAGAGCCUGCAGUUUUGAGUGAGACAUCUUCGCAUCGUCGCGCUGCGUACCUUGCUCUGGCUGUAGUAGCAGAAGGUUGUGCUGACUACAUCACCAAUAAACACUUACAGGCAGUAUUACAGUGUGUUGUCAAAGGUCUGAAUGAUCCAGAACCACAGGUUAGGAAUUCUGCACUUUUUGCUCUUGGACAAUUUUCAGAACAUCUACAGCCGGAUAUCAGCAAAUUUGCCUCAGAGUUACUUCCCCUGCUGUUUGAAUACCUUGGCCGAGCAACAAAGGAGGCUGAUAAAAAUCCCAAGGGUCUGACCAAAAGCUACUACGCUUUAGAAAUGUUCUGUGAAAACCUUGGUAAAGACAUUCUGCCCUACUUAGCCACAUUAAUGGAGCACCUGAUCAAUGUCCUCCAGACCUCGCCCACCAACCGACCAAAGGAACUGGCAAUAAGUGCCCUAGGAGCCACUGUAAAUGCAGCAAAGGAAGGUAUGAAGCCCUACUUUCCUGUUAUCAUUGAGCAAUUCAAAAUCUAUCUCAUGGCUGGAGAAGAUGAGGAGAUGAGAAAGUUACAGAUACAGACUUUAGACACCCUUGGAGUGUUGGCUCGGGGAGUAGGACUGGAGACCUUUCUUCCAUUGACUAAGGAGUGUGCACAGCUUGGCUUGAAUCUCCUACACACAGUCGAUGAUCCUGACCUUCGCAGAUGUGUGUAUGGGCUGUUUGCAUCACUGUCCUCCAUCAUGAAAGGUGAUAUUGGGCCUUACCUAGAAAAUCUCAUUACACAUAUGCUUGGCUCUCUGAAGUCUACAGAAGGCGUAAAGGCACAUGUGAAGACAGCGGAAGAACAAGUGAGCUUAUUUAAUGAGGAAGACUUCGGUGAGGAGGAGGACAUAUCUCAAGAAGACGACGAGGAAGAUGAUGAGCAGCAUAUAGAAGGGAUCAGUGUAGAGAAUGCCUUUGUUGAUGAGAAAGAAGACACCUGCUGUGCUCUAGGAGAGCUGGCUGCCAAUUCAGGGUCAAUAUUCUUUCCAUACCUAGAGAAGAGUUCAAGAAUAUGUCAUAAGCAAACCAGUUCUGUGUCUGAGAAGUCGUUUGCCGUGGGGACCCUGGCUGAGAUCGUGCAGGCUUGUGGUGCUGCUAUCCUUCCCUUUACAGACACCCUGUACCCUCUGUUCAUGAAGAUGGUUAAGGAUGAGGAUGAUGAAGUGUCCAGUAACUCUGUUUUCGCUGUUGGAGUCCUGAUAGCUACCAGCGGGGAGAAGUUAAUCUCACAAUAUCCCGAGGUCCUCAAGUGCUUGUUUGACAUUCUAAGUAAGGGCAAUAAUCCACGUCUACUCGACAACAUCUGUGCUGCCACAUGUCGGAUGAUUAUGACCUACAAAGCUGGCGUUCCAAUGUCACAGGUUGUUCCAGUCAUUAUGCAAUGCCUGCCCCUGAAAGAGGACUUUGAGGAGAACGAAACUGUUUAUAAAUGUCUGGCUGAGCUCUACAGCAGUGGUGAUGGGGAGAUUUUGAAGCAAACUCCAAAGUUACUUGAAGUUGUAUCACAAGUUUUGGGUUCUGAAGGAUUAAAGGAUGAAACACAGUCCAUGUUGAUACAAACGGUGAAGCUGAUGCACAAACAAUUCCCAGACGACUUCAAAGCUAUAACACAGAGCCUGUCUCCUGAGCAGGCCAGUAAGCUGGAGACAUGUCUGACUUACGCCAAUGGGGCUUCCUAAUAUCCUGUGUCGUGUGGAUUUCCCGCACAUCUGUGUCAUCGGUCAUGUUAAAUGCUAGAUUUUAUAGCCCUACGUUGAUUUGUCAUGACUCGCUGCUUUCACUUCGCCUAGUUGAAACAGUCUAGGUGAUACCAUAAAGUACUACAUUGUAUCUGCAAUAAAUGAACGCACUUGUUCCUGAAUUGUAACGAAACAGGUACAACUCAAAAUGUAGUUAACGCUUUGUAUCAUGUACUCGUAGUUCAAAAAUCAAACAUCUUUCUUCUUCAGAUGUACUGAAUAGUAUACCAUUGUAUGUGUAUACUGAGGUUUUGUGAGGAAAGCUAGUCAUUAUCAGACUUAAUAUACCGGCUGGAUACAUCUGUACCCCUAAGACUGCAUGUUUAUGAAAGUCCCAAUUUUUCCCUGACUUCAGGUUUCAAAUUCAACCACUCCAACUGCUUCAAUCAGUUACACAAAGCAAUCUUACUUUCCAGUGAGCACAUACUAGUAUUAUUGACCAAGGCCAACACAAAGCAAUCUUACUUUCCAGUGAGCACAUACUAGUAUUAUUGACCAAGGCCAACACAAAGCAAUCUUACUUUCCAGUGAGCACAUACUAAUAUUAUUGACCAGUGCCAUUUUCGUUUAUUAUGGUACAAACAGUUUGACCAGUUGUUUGUUUGUGAAAUAAUGAAGGACCUAGUGAUUUUAUGUUGGAUUUGGAUGAGCCUUGACAAAGACUUUCUAGGCCUGUAUUAUCUGCAGGUCUGUUAAGAUUUUUGCCUAAAAAUGUUAAAAUUGAAAAUUGACAGUCCAAUUUGACAAAUCUGGUAUUCCAGUGAAUGGGCUUAAAUCCCCAAAUCAAUUGGAAUAGAAAAACCAAAGAUUUCUAAGUUGUGUUAGCUGAUAAAUACCAUUGAGUUUAAGAGGACCACCACCAAAUACUUACCCUUAUGUCUAAUUCCAGAGAUUAGGAAUGUAAAAUUUUGAUUGCUUCCUCGUACUGCCUUCUUUAAAGAGUUGUUUGCUGUUUGAACUCUUAUCUUUUGCUUUUUGAAGUGUAAUAAAUGUGUAUUUGGAAGGGGAAUUGUGUGUUUAUACUAAACGUUGCCUUGUAGUAGAUUGCAAAUAUUUUAUAAAUGUAUUUUUAUUAAAAAUGAUGACAUUAAAACAAUGUUUAAUUACGCAAAAAUGUAAUUGUGCCAAAUGUUUUUUUCUGUUGGCGUCCUCAAUUUUGAAUUGAUUAUAAGAUGCUGACUGUAAAUUUUGGACUAAAUUCUGUAUAAAGUGUUGGCUAGUGUAGCCUUUUGAUUUAAACAAAACAUGAAAUAUUGUUUUAAUUUUCUGUUCCAUUCUUGUGGAUGUUAUUGUGUAAUGACUGUUUAGGAUCACUUUGGGUUUCCAUUGUAAUGUAAACUUUCUGAUCAUGAGCAUAAACUCCUUACAUCCGUUGUUAUAAUAAUCAAAUUGUGUAAAAAAUAAUCAUUUUCGUUUUAGGGAUCUUUAUGUGCAGCGGUUUAUACAUGUAAAUUUUUCACACGUGAAAUAAAAAAUGGACCAAUCAGAAUUAUCCCAUCAAAUACAAUACUUUUCUGCUGUUUAGUCAAGAGUGGACAAUAGGUACUAAUGGAAGGAAAGUAUGUGCUGAAAAUUGGAAAUAUUUGUCGAUUAGCCUGUUUAAUACUCGCUAACUACUGACAAACAGUUUUACACUGUAAAUUUUCUUUGGGGAUUUUGUUGUUUGAAUAUUGAAUUAUUCACUUUCUUGGGCAGGAAUAAACAGAAAUAGCUGAGAACUUGCAUAUCUGCCAACGUCAUUACACUUUGUCUUUACCAUUCAAAAGUUUCGUUUUCGCAUUGUAUAAAUACAUGACAUCUCGGGAAGUCCCGUGUCGCUCAGUUUUGAUGGUUUGACCAAUGUGUAAAUAUUGAUGAUGUAGAAUUCUGAUAAACAAUAGUUUACGUUUGAUACUGGUUGAACUUACAAUUGGGCAUCAUUCCUCUUACAGAAAAGAUUAUUCUACUGAUAACUAUUAUUUUUUCUGUUAUUUUUGGGUGAGUUUUAUGGAAAGAUAAUUAAAAUAAAUGAUAUACUUAAGAUUUCAACAUUAAGUCAUUUAUACAUUUUGUAAAUAGUGUAAUAUUAAAAGAUCUUAUUUAAUGUUAACUGAAAAAAUUACCAAUUGUAUAAUGAAUUGAAUUUGAUGCAUGUUUUAAAUUUAUAUAUAAAACGUCAUAUACACAUGUAUAUAUACAUAUAUAUUAAUAUUAUAUUUUACCUGAGAAAAGUUAAUGGUGAAUGUCAUUUUUUUUUUCUAACUUUGUUUAUUUAUUACAGGUUGUGGGACAAACUUGUCUUCAUUCACUCUCCAUAUAAAAAGUUAACGAGAUGCACAUUUUAAAAAAUUAACAUUGUUUUUCUUAUAGUCACAGAAGUAAAGUAUAGUACAAAAAAUAAUUACCAGGUAUAAGUUAAUCUUUUACACCUCCUUAAAUACAAGCCAUUAAAAUAACUAUGCUGAGUUCAUAGGUAGGUUCAUCUCAAUCCCUAGUUGCAGCUAUUCGAUUUUGAGUCAAAUUGGCCAAGAGACAACCAUUUUUGACUUUGAAAAUAGAAGUUUGUUAUCAUUAUUUCUUAAGAAGUACUAAAGGGAUAUGUUUGAAACUUCUUAUGUACGUUUUCCUUUGUUCCUGACUUCACUCCAUUUUAUUUUGAGCUGGAUCGAGAAAGCAAAAUGGCAAUAGAUUUCCCUUGGUUCCUAGUUGUUCCCUUUCAAUUCUGAGUCCAGUUUGGAAAUCAAAAUGGCCAACAGGUAGCCAUCUUAGAUUUGAACAGUUGAAACUUGUUUUCUCAGAAAGCUCCUAAUCUUUUUCAGACUUUAUAUUUAGGUUACUCUUGUUAUCAAAGGAUUAAUGAGGAUGAGGGGCAAGAAGGGAAAAGUAGAGAGAGAGAUCAUU